GGCAGUUGAAUGAGAUGAGAAAGUGAGGUAGAGCGAGUGAGAGAGAGAGGAGGAUGAGUAAAUAAGAGAAGGGGGGAGAGAGAGCGAGAGGGCUGAGACAGCGUGAAGGUGUGUGGAGAGAAAGCAGACGGAGAGAGAGAGACUGCAGAUCUCCCAGACGUCGUUCACUCGUUGAAUGCCUGCUCAUGUUUAGCUGGGUGAUGUUUACACAGAACAGCGGACGGACAGAAACCAUCGGACCGAGAGAACGCAGGAGCGCGUGCCUGCAGCAGCAGCAGCAUCAUCGUUUCUGCGCGUGCCGGGAGCAUGGGAGCCCGGCGCGCUGCAGUGGGCUCUGCUGAAGCCCCUCUUUACUAAACACAAGCAUUGAUAUCCACACUGGUCGUCGCAGCCGUCACCGUCCACUAUGCGCAGGGAGCAAGCACACGCACGUGGAAUUACGCGCCAUCGUCAGCGACGCAUCCGUCCCCACAGCAACCGCAGCGGCUGCCGCGCAGCUAACACCGCGAACGUCAGCCCGAGCAAUAGCAGAGACAUUAGGUAGCAGUUUAAACCGAACUUCCGAGAAAAGACAUUUGAGAUAAACGCAUUCCGUUGGCCGCGGUGGGUGGCGCUGUCUGCGUCCGUGCAGCCGUUGCCUGAUCGAGUUUAUUGAGGCGGCUGGUAUGGUGAGUGGAGCAAACGCUCUAACCUGAUUGGCUGAUGAAGGCCUCGUGGAUCCGCCUGCUGAAACGAGCAACGGGGAGUCGAGUGAAGAACAUCACUGGCUCAGCAGACUCGUACACCAGUCGACCGUCAGAUUCUGAUGCUUCUCUGGAAGAAGAUAAAGAGACUCUACGUCGAGAAGCUGAGAGACGUGCGCUGAGCCAGCUGGAGAAUGCAAGGACUAAACCGGUGGCGUUCGCAGUGCGCACUAACAUCGGCUACAGCGCUUCCCUCGAAGAUGACGUCCCUGUGCCCGGAAUGGCCGUCUCGUUUGAGGCUAAAGAUUUCCUUCACGUUAAAGAAAAGUUUAAUAAUGACUGGUGGAUCGGGCGUUUGGUGAAAGAAGGUUGUGAAAUCGGCUUUAUUCCCAGUCCAGUGAAGCUUGAAAACACUCGACUCCAGCAGGAGCAUCGCUCCAAACCAGGAAAAUUCUAUUCCAGUAAAUCCGGGGCAAACUCAUUAUCGAGUCUUGGAGAUAUUGUUUCAAACUCACGAAAAUCAACUCCACCUUCCUCAGCUGUGGAUAUAGACGCUGCUGGUUUAGAUCCAGAGGAGAACGAGCCUUCUCUUCCUCAGCGUUCUCCUAAAGCCAGUCCAAACGCAGUCAUACCCCCUUUAGCCCGUGAGAAACGAAUGCCUUUCUUUAAGAAGACAGAACACGUCCCGCCGUAUGACGUGGUGCCCUCCAUGAGACCCGUGGUGUUAGUGGGACCUUCACUCAAGGGUUACGAGGUUACAGAUAUGAUGCAGAAAGCUCUGUUUGACUUUCUGAAGCACCGCUUUGAAGGGAGGAUUUCAAUCACAAGAGUGACAGCGGAUAUUUCUCUCGCCAAGCGCUCUGUGCUGAACAAUCCCAGCAAGCACGCCAUCAUCGAGCGCUCCAACACACGAUCUAACUUAGCUGAGGUUCAGAGCGAGAUCGAGAGGAUCUUUGAACUGGCCCGGACGUUACAGCUGGUUGUUCUUGAUGCAGACACAAUAAAUCAUCCGGCUCAGCUGGGGAAGACGUCUCUGGCACCCAUUAUCGUGUACGUCAAGAUCACCUCUCCUAAGGUUCUGCAGAGGUUAAUAAAAUCUCGAGGAAAAUCUCAGGCCAAACAUCUCAAUGUACAGAUGGUGGCAGCUGAUAAACUGGCACAGUGUCCACCGGAGCUGUUCGACAUCAUUCUGGAUGAGAAUCAGUUAGAAGACGCCUGCGAGCACAUGGCAGAUUAUCUGGAGGCGUACUGGAAAUCCACUCAUCCUCCCAGUGUCCCGCAACUGGCAUCAGAGACUGAAACUGCUGGAGCAGAACAUCCUUCAAACACACAGCUGAAGAACGCCGGGGCUGACCAGAGAGCAGAGACGAGGAGGAGCUUUCGUGAAGACCAUCACCAUCGUCAUCAAAUUCACAGGCAAGAACGUUUUGAACAAGCCAAUGACAACAUCGAGGAGAGAGAAACUCAAACCAACACAGAACAACAACCAUCACAGAGCGAGUGGAGGACACAUCACAUCCAUCAUCGCUCUUCAUCCACACGAACUGAACGCCACAAUCACCACCAUCAUCAUCACCGUCAUCAUCACCAGCAUCACAACAGGACCGCACAGACGCUUUCCAGACAAGAGACGCUGGAGAGCAAAGAAUCCAAUGAGCCUCAUCACGAACACACACACCAGCCGGAGGAGGAGGAGACCGUUCGGACCAACCACCAUCAUCAUCGCCGUGGAGACCGAGAGUGCGACCACAACGAGAGGAACAACAGACAGAGAGGACAACAGAGAUCACAGAGAGAACACGAGCGCGUGAGAGACAGGAGACGGGCCGAGACCGAGUGGACGAGCGAGCAAUACAUAGAACAGUGACACUGACUCACUGAAACACAACGGUGCCACGUACAAUAACAGGGUUGAACAAAACUCACAAUGUUAGAGUCUGUUUGCUUUCAGUUUGUGAGUGUGAAUUGGAUUUGAAUGGGCAACACUUUACAGGAUGAUAACACCCACAAAAUUAUCAAAUGAUUUGCCACAUUGUUUCUAGAGACUUUACAAAUAUAAGACUCCGUCUGUGAAAUCCCAGCUUGAGUUAUAUUUAUUAUUAUUUAUGAGAUUAAGAGUGUCAACGUCAACCAUAAAAAUGAUGAAAUAAGUCAUUUAUUUAUUGUAUGAUAAAAAUGAAUGAUUUUAUUGACAAUGUUUUAUUAUUUUGCACAGAACAAAAUUGCUGGGUUUUCACAGUCGGGUCACAAAUGAAUAAUAUACAUACAAAACGUGAAUGUAUUGAUUUGAUUUGAUCUAUUCUGAUCUAUAGAUAUCACAUUGACAUUGACUUUUAAUGUUUCUGGAAAUACCCCAUAAGUCCUAUGAUAACAUGCUCAACAGUAAUUUAUUUUAUUAAUAUUAAAUGUAUUACAUUUAUUUAUACAUCUUAUUAAAACAGGCUACAGCAGUUUAAAUUUCAUCCCAUUUUCAUUUAAACUUAAAUAUCAUGCAGUACAAUUCUGUCAUGUUUGCUAUUUUAACUCACUUCAACUUCAGUGUUUUUUUAUGAUGUGAUGUCAGCCUGAGCCGGCUGUGGAUCACAUUAUUGUUUUGUGUUUCAAAAUGCCACAGCACCAACAUGAGCUCUCUUUAACGUCUGAAUUUUUCUCCUAGACAUCAAUAGGAUUAAAUCGAAGAGCAAAUGAAAAUCUUUGCUUAAGUCUCAUAGAUAUUUCUCCUGAAAAAAAAGAGUCAGAAAUCUAACAAAUGUCUCUGUCAUUAGAGUUUCAGAAGAGAUGUCGAACUGAGCUUAGAUUUGUCAAAUCUGCAAACAAAAGUCAAUAUUAUUGAAGAUCUCAAAAUGAACUCAAACAUUUCUCAUCAAAUAUUCCCAAAUCCAGAUUAUUUUACCUCUGCAAUCUACAUUCAUUUUACACCUCCACCAAGCAAAGUAGUUUUCAUGUGUGGAUUCACAUGAAUAUAAAACAAAGAUGUUUUUGUCUUCAUUUCAUUUGGCUUGUGUGAUGGGUCUGGCGUGACUUUUUUAAAAGUCGACAUGAAAUCAAAAUUCAUCCUAAAAAACUGUAAACACACAUUUCUGGUCUUAUCGUGAACAAUUCAUCAGUGCACAUCAAUGCAAAGGAAAGGUUUGUUUUUGUCAACUUUUAUCUGAAUGUAUUAACAUGCUUGAUGUGUUUGUGUUUUUAUGUCCAUGAAUGUUAAGAGAUGAAUAGAAAAUAGAUUUGUCUGAUUUUAUUCUGCUGUGGAAAGAUUGUUUUAUUAGACAUUAAAUAUAAACAAUGUUUCCGCUACAUGAAUUAUUCUGUCACUCUGAGGUCACGAAUGAAGUGAAGUGGAUGGAAAAAUAUUUUGUUUUAAACAAUGUGAAAUGCAACAUGCAUCUUGACUGUUUUGGUUGGAAACCAUAACGUGAUGUUUGUGUGCGUGACGUCAUUUCACUGUGAACUGUUGCCCACAUCUCGCAGGACAAAGACAUCACAUCAAGACUUUUAAACUACGGGUUACUUGUUCAAUUUAAAGAUGAUGAAUUCGUAGCUCUGUUUCUAACCUUACUAUCUUUGCAUGGUUAGAGAAAUGAAAGUGUUUAGAGCGUAUUUCAGGUUUCAUAUAAGUUAAGAAAGAAAUAAAACACAACAUGUUUUACACCUGU